AUCGUUUAGAUCAUAUUCGUUCUUCACUGAAGUUGUACAUUCAUUUAAUUAAAUAAUAUGUAAUUAGACUUAAAUUUAUAAUAACAAUAUUUAAAAACUAAAUGGAACGUCCAGAGUACGAAUACGAUAAAAUACAAAAGUUGCCAGUUGUAAUGGAUACAUCGAUUAAGUUCCAAUUGCUAAUCGUAGCCUGCAUUAACAUUGGACAGAUUAUAGUCGGAUACAGCGUGGGAUGGUCCGCUCCGAUCAUACCAAAGUUACAGGAUAACUCAACAUCGCCUUUGCCUGAACCUAUAACUGAUAUCCAAGCAUCAUGGGUCGGUUCACUGCUAUAUAUAGGAGCUAUGAUUGGUCCUUACGUCACUGGCAUAUUAUCGAAUCUGAUUGGACGAAAACCCUGUUUACUGAUUGGUGGAUGUAUAAAUGUAUUAUCAUACAUUCUGGUCAUCACCACAAAGAAUGUAGCGAUGGUGAUGGCGUUAAGGGUGAUGAGUGGUCUAGGAAUGGGGAUCACCACAGUUUGCAAUCUGGUGUAUGUUGGUGAAAUAGCGUCGACUAAUAUUAGAGGUAUACUCCUAACAUCUACGGGUAUAGUGGGGAUAACUGGUACAUUGAUUGUGUAUGCAGUGGUGCCCUACGUAUCAUACGCAGCGACUGGUUACAUCGCACUAGCUGUGAGCAUAGCACAUGUAGCUGGUCUAUUCUUUGUGCCAGAAUCACCGGUAUACUACGCAAUGAUAGGUCAAGAAAUAAAAGCAGCGAAAACGCUCAAUUUAUUAGGAAGGUCUGCUGAUUUAGAUAAAGUGUUAGAUACAUUUGCACAGAAGAAAAGUGAAUCUAGUAAAGUGAAAGAUUGGAUUGAAAUUUUCACUGUAAAAUCAAACAGAAUGUCACUGUUUAUAACAUUUACUUUGGGAGCUCUUCAGCAAACAAGUGGUGUGGCUGUUGUAUUGUUUUUUGCGACGACAAUCUUCCAAUUGGCUGGAUCAUCUAUUAGACCUGAUUUGGCAACUAUUAUUAUUGGUGUUACAAGAUUAGUAUCUAGUUUAAUCGCUCCAACGUUUGUAGAAAGAUCUGGAAGAAAGAUUCUUUUAUUGGUGUCUAUGAUUGCUUGUGCUAUUAGUUUAGGUGUACUCGGUCUAUAUUUCUACUUAGACAGGGUGAAGAGUCCAGCCAUUGAGUCUAUUGGCUGGUUACCGCUAGUUGCUUUGAUUAUUUAUUUCUUUUCGUAUGAAGCUGGUUUCGGUACGAUACCAAAUGCGAUAGUCGGGGAGAUGUUCCGUGCUAAUGUUCGUGCUAAUGGCUCCGCUCUCGCUAUAACCCUCACUUGGCUCGUCGGCUUUGGUCUCACAACUGGUUUCAACAGUAUGAUAGAUGCGCUUGGUGGUGACGUCACUUUCUGGAUCUUCGGGGGUUCUUGUAUUGUUGCAUUCUUCUUCACGUACUUCUUAGUGCCGGAGACUAAAGGGAAAACUUUAAAUGAAAUACAAGAGAUGAUGAGCUAGUUAAGAAUAAUUUAAUUGUUAUAAUUAAUAUUUACUAAAGGAGUCGCCUUAAGGUCGAUUGAUACAUAAGGGGCUGUUUAAGUAACGAUUAGUUAUUGUCAGUGUGACAGUAAAACCCAUUUUCCACUACAUAACUAGCAGCAUAAUUGCUAAAGACAGUUUGCUAUUAAUCGAUUAGUGAAAAACGGGUCUAACUAUUAUAGAAUCGCGAAUCGCCAAUAAACUAGUUGCGUAGCGUAGUAAGGUAGAACCUUAGUGUAAUUUGUUUAGAUUUUGUCGUGUGAACAAAUAAAUAUUUUGUUGUUUAG